CAGAGCAGCACUGGGAAAGUUGAGUUCUCCUGUUGCUGAGCUGGCAUCAUGGCGCAGUCUGUGGCCUGGGCAGGUAUGAUGUUCCUGUUGAUGGCCCAGUGGGGCUGUGCUACAAAACUGGUCUGCUACUUCACCAACUGGGCCCAGUAUCGAGAAGGGGUGGCUCGCUUCUUCCCUGGAGCUGUGGACCCCAACCUGUGCACACACCUCAUCUACGCCUUUGCGGGCAUGAGCAGCCACCAGCUCAGCUCGGUGGAGUGGAACGACAAGCAACUUUACCAGGAGUUCAACGGCCUGAAGAAGAUGAAUCCCAAGCUCAGGACUCUGCUAGCCAUCGGGGGCUGGAACUUUGGCACACAGAAGUUCACAGAUAUGGUGGCCUCAGCUAGCAGCCAGCAGAUCUUUGUAGACUCAGCCAUCAAGUUUCUGCGGAAAUAUGGCUUUGAUGGCCUCGACCUUGACUGGGAAUACCCAGGAAGCCGGGGCAGCCCAGCCACAGACAAGCAGCGCUUCACAGCACUAGUGCAGGGCCUGGCCAAGGCCUUCCAGCAGGAAGCCGGGACCUCAGGAAAGGAACGGCUCCUUCUGAGUGCAGCUGUCCCUGCUGAGCGACAAUAUGUGGAUGCUGGCUAUGAGGUGGACAAACUUGCCCGAGACUUGGACUUCAUCAACCUAAUGGCCUAUGACCUCCAUGGCUCCUGGGAGAAGGUCACGGGACAUAACAGUCCCCUCUACAAGAGACAGGGAGAGAGUGGCGCAGUAGCUGAAUACAACGUGGAUGCUGCUGUACAACUGUGGCUCCAGAAGGGAGCCCCUGCCAGCAAGCUGAUCCUUGGCAUGCCCACCUAUGGACGAUCCUUCACCCUGGCCUCCUCAUUAGAUACCAGGGUUGGGGCCCCAGCCACAGGGUCUGGUGCUCCCGGCCCCUUCACUAAAGAAGGAGGUUUCCUGGCUUACUAUGAGGUGUGCUCCUGGAAGGGGCAGCACAGAAUUGAGGACCAGAAGGUGCCCUAUGCUGUACAGGAUAACCAGUGGGUGGGAUUUGACGAUGUGGAGAGCUUCAAAGCCAAGGUUGGCUAUGUGAAGCAGAAGGGACUGGGUGGUGCCAUGGUGUGGGCUUUGGACUUGGACGACUUCUCAGGCUCUUUCUGCAGCCAGGGCCAGUACCCCCUCAUCCAGACGCUGCGGCGGGAGCUGAGUAUGUCAUCUGUGUCUCCAGGACUCCCAGCACCUGAGGUAUCUGCACCCAGCCAGCUCUCUGAUCUUAAGCCAGACCCCUAACCUGGACAAGAUACCUUCUGCCAGGGCAAAGCUGAUGGGCUCUACCCCAGCCCGCAGGAAGCAUCCGAAUAUUACAUCUGUGCAGGGGGGCAGCUGUUCCAGCAGAGCUGUGCCCCAGGCCUGGUGUUCAGUGCCUUGUGCGAGUGCUGCACCUGGAAAUGAGGCCCCAAGACCCCUCCAGCCCCAGCCUUGGUGACACCUUCCCCUGCCCCUUUCCUGGGUAGCUGGAGGCUGGCUCUGGUUGGUGGGCCUCUCUUCAGUCUUUUUUCUUUUUAAUGUAUUCAGUAUAGGGUCUCACUAUGCAGUUCAGAC